GCCUCUUCCAACUGUCCCGAGAUUUCCAUAUUCCCUACUGCGUCCAGGUUUAAACACCCAUCCGGCCUGUGGCGUCUACACGGGACAUACUCACGCACUUGUCGCUUGGGAGUUCGCCCGUAUUCGGUUGAUCAUUGUCCCGGCAUGCCGGAUUUGAGCACCACGCGCGUCGCAAACCGGAAAUGAGCGAGAAGCAUAUACGUAUACAAAAUGGAGCCAUUCGUAACUGGUUAUGGCCUCUGGCCUUAUAAGAAGGGUGGUCACCUGUUUCCGUGAAAAGAAAUAUCGACAUUGGGGAACUCAACCAGUAUGCGGAUCCAAGACUUCAUCUGCUCCGCUGCGGGCUUGCUUCCGGCGUUGAUCGUUCCGGUGUGCGCGAGUCUGACUACGAAGGAGUCGAGCACGGCGAUGAGUAUUUCGAAUAGCCGUCUUGCUUUCUCUGUAAGCAAGAGUACCGGAUCGGUCGCAAGUCUAUCCCUGGACGGCCAGAAUCUCCUUGGCACAGGACGGGGUCCGUAUCUAGACUGCCAUUGCAUUGCCUCAGGGCAAUGGACUCCUGGGAGUGGCGCGUCAUACACACUGUAUAACGGAACGGAUAGUACCGGGAUUGCGUACGGAGGCGUACGCAUGAGCCACGAGUACCAGAAGACUGGCACGACGCUUGAGCAGUACUGGUUCCUGCGUGAGGGCGAGACGGGCCUGCACAUGUUCUCCCGCGCUGCAUAUCACAACUCGUCGGUACCGGAUAGUGGAAACGACCUUGGGGAGUUCAGGACGCUCUUCCGUCCCAGCGCGUCUAUCUGGACGCAUCUCUCUUCCAGCGAUGGCAUGUAUGGACCGCUGCCAAACACCACCGGUGCACCUGUUGUCCAGGACGCGACUUGGUAUGUAGGCGGCAACAAAUCGGAUCCGUAUGUCCGGGAGGUCUCCGAUUACUUUACGAAAUACAUGUUUUCUGAGACCUGGAGGGAUACUUCCGUCCAUGGAAUGUAUGCAGAUGGCAGAAACACUGCCAAUGGCUCGACUUUUGGUGCCUGGCUUGUGAUGAACACGAAGGAUACGUACUAUGGCGGCCCCACGCAUUCGGACCUGACUGUCGAUGGCAUUGUGUACAACUAUCUGACAUCGAACCACCAUGGAGACGGCGUACCAGCUAUGCUCGAUGGCUUUGAUCGGACGUUUGGGCCACAAUACUACUACUUCAACAAAGGCACCCCGUCUUCAACCCUCCAAGACCUCCGCAAAGACGCCUCUCAAUUCGCGGACCCAAACUGGGCAAUUGCUUUCUACGACUCCAUCUCAAAAUACGUCCCCGGCUACACCCCGUCCUCCGACCGCGGGACAUGGCAAGGCACAAUCACCCUCCCACCCACAGCCUCACGCCCCAUCGCCGUCCUCGCAGCCAACAACCGCGACUUCCAAGACAACAACUUCGACACCCCCGCAUACCAGUACUGGGCCGACAUCGACCCCUCCUCCGGCACCGUCCGCAUCCCAAACGUCAAAGCAGGCACCUACCGCCUGACCGUCUACGCCGACGGCAUCUUCGGCGCCUACACCCAGGACAACAUCGUCGUCGCACCCAGCAAAACUCAGUCUACAACCGCCACCUGGACACCUACCUCCCACGGCACCGAACUCUGGCGCAUCGACACCCCGGACCGCAGCGCAGGCGAGUUCCGCCACGGCAACGCGCCCGACCUCUCCCGCACCCGGCAUCCAGCCCAAUACCGCCUCUACUGGGCCGUGCACGACUUCCCCUCCGAUUUCCCGAACGGCGUCGUGUUUGACGUCGACAAGGACGAUGUCGCGCUAGGCCUCAAUUACGCGCAUUGGAGCGUGUUUGGCGGCAAGGCGAAUAGCCUCCGUCCCGAGCCGUAUUACGCGAAUGUGAAUAAUUGGACGCUUACUUUUGGGUUGGAAGACGCGGAUCUGGCCGGGCGGGAGAGCGCGGUGUUGACGGUGCAGCUUGCGGGUGCGAAGACGUCGACGGGGAAUAAUGAUGAUGCUGAUGGGGUGGAGAAGGCGUGGGUGGAUCUGCCGUUCACGGUUGUGGUUAAUGGUGUUGAGUUGCCGGUUUGGGUUAUUCCCUCUAAUCAUAGCUCGUCUUGCGCUGCGCGCUCCGCGGCUACGUGCUAUACGCUCGCGCACGAAUUCGCGUUUGCUACGGACCUUCUGCGUGCCUCUGCCUUGAAUACUAUUGUGCUUAGUUUGCCUGCUAAUGCUACUGCGCCGGAGACGGCGGUGUUGCCGGAGAGUGUGUAUGUGCAGUAUGAUGCGCUGCGGUUGGAGGUUGGGUAGGGCGAGC